CUCGAUAGUCCCGCCUACUCACACACUACGAAGAACAAGGGAAAAACAUACAUAUGUGCAAGACGAAGCUUGGGGAAAGAAACGGUUAUUUUCUUCCCCUUUCCAGAAAGCAGAAUCCCCACAACCGCAAUGAUCCCUGGCCACCAGGAUAAUACAAACAACGCCACAGUUGUACCACGUACCACAGCAUAUCCAAGACAUCGCAUCCACGCAAACACAUACAAACACAUACACAACAUAUCCACUGACGUGCAUAUACGAAGAAACCCCCCAGCAAGCCCAAACCAAAGAAAAGGGAAGAAAGACUAGACCCUCACUCUGCCCCCUCCAAAUUCGCCUCCUCGGUUCCGUUCUCCCCCCUCCUCCUUGCUCUCUCUCUCUCUCUCUCUCUCUCUCUCUAUGUGUCUCUUUCCCCGCAUUUCGCAAGCAUCAAACGAGGGCUAAGUUAAACGUCGGACUCGGAGAUGAUUCUGUCGAAAGGUCUAGACCACACAUACACACACCUCUUUCUCUUCACCACCUCCGAUUGAGUGGGUACCCGUUAUCCGGUCCAGAGCGAUUCUGGCUACUGUGGGUAAAUUACCCCACAUUUCCUGGUCUUCGUAUCGCCCUUGUUCUGCAUACCCUUAACCUUACCUUUACCCUCGUACAAAUAUGUAUAUAUAUAUAAAUAAUGGAACUCGUUAUCCGCCACACCUCGCCUAGAUGCUUACUUACAUACUGGCUUGCUUGCUUGCUUGCUUACCGCCUCGUGUCAUGCCACGGCCGUGUUACGCGAAGAGUGAGUGUGUUGGGGCGUGUUAUCUCGCUUUCGCUUUUCUCUCUCUCUGUCUGUGUUACACUGCCGCCACCGCCAUGGCCAUGGCCAGCGGGUAAAUGUUAGGGAAAAUACGAACGUUCGGAACAGACCCGAAAUGUGAUGGAGGUUUUUGGGGGCACGCAUACUACUACUAGGCUUCUGGACUUUUUUUUGGGGCAGGGCAACAGGUAUAUAGUGCCAUGUUAUCAAAGUACUAUUUUUUUUGGUAAUCGCCUUUUUUAUGGGUUCCUCUAUUGUUGUGACUAUAUCGCUGUGUAGGAUUACCCAAACUCCAACGUACAACUCGUUAUCAAUGUACAUAAUAAGAUGCAUGGGCCCGGCUAGCUGACAACGUGUGAAACCUGAGAAUAUAUCCAACCGAGCAUCGUUUGUCGUCGCCGCCGCCGCGGGGCUGGCUCAGAAAACACGAGAGACCCGGGUGGCGUUUAGUUUAGGUCUGGAACCACAGGUUUCUGUUGUAGGGCU